AUCGGCAUCAAGGGCGUGUGUGCGAGUCCCCCGGAAGUCGUGAGGAAGGAAGAGGGCGCCAUUUCCGACAGGAGGGGUUUCGGUGGGGAAAGAGUUGGAGCUAGGUAUUUCUUUUUGUUUGUUUGUUUGCUGCAGUGGAAAAUGCAGUUUGUAUCGCAGUUAGACCUGUUUCCUGAGUGUACGGUGACUCUUCUCUUGUUUCGUGGGGUAAAAAAUGCUGGAGACUUAAGAAAAAAGGCCAUGGAAGGUAGCAUCAAUGUAGCAUUAAUUAAUGCUAUGAUGGUGCUCGAUCCCUUUCAGAUCCUCGUGGCAGCAAACAAGGCCGUCCAUCUCCACAAGCUUGGGAAAAUGAAGACAAGGACUCUGUGCACAGAAAUUAUCUUCAAUCUUUCCCCAAACAACAGUAUUUCGGAGGCCUUGAAGAGGUUUGGCAUCUCCGACAGUGACACUUCAGUUUUAAUUGUUUAUGUCGAAGAAGGAGGAAAGCGAAUGAAUCCAGAAGACCUCAUAUCCCAGGUGGAUGGUCAUCAGGUUUCCUUUGACAAGCUUCCAGAAAUAACAGAUAUCACCAAAGUUAAAAAGACAUACAAACUGACUCCCAAAGAAGAAAAGAUCGGGACGUUAUUGGAAAGUAUCAUUUGCAGAAUGUCAACCAAAGAUGUUUUAUGAAGUAAAAAAAAAAGUCAGCCAAUGUUUCUGGCAUGUUUUUA